CAACGACCAAUGAAAAAUCGUUUUACAAAGCAGUACAUUACACGGGUAUUUCCUUUGUGCGCCAUUUUAACAGCGGAAAGCCGACAGACUCUAGAGACAGGGCUCAUUACCAGAACUUAUUAAGAAAAAUCAAAAUGUCAGAGGAGAAAAAGGAUGAAAUUAAACCUGAAAGCAGUGAACACAUUAACUUAAAGGUCACUGGACAAGAUGGAAGUGUUGUGCAUUUUAAAAUUAAGAAGAACACCCCCCUGAGGAAACUGAUGUCUGCAUACUGUGACAGAGCUGGAUUAAAGCUUGGAGUUGUGCGAUUUAGAUUUGACGGAAAUCCCAUUAAUGAAACAGACACACCUUCAGGGUUGGAUAUGGAAGACGGAGAUAGUAUAGAUGUAUUUCAACAGCAGACAGGAGGUUUAUUGUGAGAAUAUAGACAUGAAAUGGAACUUAGUGUAACUGACUAAUGCAACAUUCAGACUAAAAGUGACGGUGCCUGAUCUUCAGUUCAUACAUCAUCUCAUUCUGUUUAUAUUUCAUCGCUGUCUUCAUUGGCACCAGUGUGGUACAAAGCUACAGUACAGCAGAGAAAGCAUCUCCGGAGUAGGUGUGGUCAAAACUCUGGUGUCACAAGCUUACAUUUGUUUUUAUGUACUGUAAAUAUAUAUAUUUAGUUUAUGUGUAUUACCCCCUAAAACACGCAUUCUGACUUUAAUUUAAGGGAAAACAAUACCUGUGAAAACAUUUGUUGUACGGAAUUUGAUGGGUUCUCAAUAUGGAGAUUUUGUGCAACUGUCUUGUGUAUUUUGUAUAAUUUUUGUUUUAUACCUCAAUGUCCAGGGCAUAGAAGUCCUGAGUAUUACACCAGCUUCACGGAACAGUUACACACACCAAUAAAUCCAAGGGAAGAAUCGCCCAUCUAGUCUCACUAAAUUAAAUGUGCAAAAGUUUAAAAAAUUAAGUCUACUCGCUUUAGAAUUUAUAUCUAGAAAAAAAAAUUUCCUCAUUCUAAUUCUAUGGACUAUUAUUUUAGCAUUUUAUGAAUUUUUUGAUUUCUAAUGUGUAUUCGAUCUUGCGUCAUAUUGUUUUAAUUAUUUUGUAAGGACCAAAAAACAGAAUUUUCUUGGCUGUAUUGUAUUUGUAGUAGAAAUUUUUAGAUUGUUACUUAAUUUUGCAUUGGUUUGACAUGAUAUUCAAAGAAACUGUCAGAGAGACAAAACUAGAACUAUGUAGUGGCCCAACACAAAUCCGAGUGGGUAAUGUGAGGUUGUUAUUUUAAUUAACACAAUUGUUUGCAAUAUGUUGUAAAAAUGAUGUAAUUCAUUUCUCACAUUUGUCAAUAAAAAGUAUACAAGUUUUUAA